AUGGCACAUGCCCCAGAGUCAUUCUACCAAAGUCAGCAACAGUUAGCAGCGGCUAUGAUGCUGCCUCAUGCUGAAGUAACCAAGUUUUGUGGUGAUCUUCUUGAAUAUGCAUCAUUCAUGUUGGCAUUUAAUGACCGCAUCGUGCCACACACCACAUCAGACUCCAACAGGCUGUAUUUCUUAAAUCAGCAUCUAGAAGGAAAGCCUAAGUCACUCAUAGCUGGGUGCAUGUUUAUGAAUGCAUCUGAAGGAUACAUUGAAGCAAAAAGACUUCUGGACAAAGUGUAUGGAGAUCCAUACAAGGUUUCCAUGGCAUACAUAGACAAGCUAACCAAGUGGCCACAAGUGAGAGGUGAUAACAGUGAAUCUUUGCAGGAAUAUGCUUUGUAUCUUGUGAAAUGUAAUCAUACCAUGCAGUCAUUGUCAAACAUGCAGGUUUUAAAUGAUUCGCCAAACCUUCAGAGGGUGAUUUCAAAGCUGCCAGUGUAUAUUCAAAAUAAGUGGUUGGAUCAUGUGAUAAAGCUCAGGAAACAAGGUGUUUGUGUGUGUUUCACCACAUUAGUGGAAUUUGUGCAGAAUGCAGCAGAGGCAGCAAUGGAUCCUGUAUUCAGCAGGGAAGCUUUGGGUAAAGUGUGUGUUUUUUCAAAGGCAAAGGCAAAUCAUGGCUCAAGUCAGACCAAGCAAAAAACGUUUGCAGUUACAGUGCAACCAUCAAAUUCUGCCAACCAGUAUACUAGGAAAUGCCAACUCUGUAGUGGUCAUCAUGACAUUGAGGAGUGCCUUCAAUUUCUGCACAGGAGUGUGGAUGAAAGACGAGAAUUUGUUAAAGACAACCAUCUUUGCUUCAGUUGUUUGGGGAAUAACCACACUUCAAAAAAGUGUCUCAAUCGACGGCAGUGCAAGACAUGUAAUAAAAGGCAUCCUACCACUCUGCACAUUGAGAACUUUAGGAUGCUUGACAGCAACAGUGCAAUUGUGUCACAAGCUAGUGCACAGUUUGAAAGUACAGGUCAAGGUUGUGCUAAGGGUCAAGAUGGUAUUCAAGGUGAAGGUCGCACUCCAGGUCAAGGCAGUACAGGUUGUUUCAUUAAGGAUAGUAUCAAGGAUCAAUUAAACUGUAAAGGUAUUGAAACAGCUAUCAAGUUGCAAACAAUGCAUGGGACUGAUACGGUUAAAACCUUUAUUGUAAAUGGUCUUGUUGUUGCUGAUAUACAUGGUAAUAAUGAUGUUGUAUUGCCAAAGGUAUUCACACAAAAGGAUAUUCCUGUUAAUCAUGAUCAAAUUCCAAGGUAUGAAAUGUUAAAGGAUUGGCCUCAUUUAUCAAGUGUUAUUAAUAAGAUUCCAGUGUAUCAGCCAGAGUUAGACAUAGGAAUUUUGAUAGGUAGUAACUGUCCAACAGCUUUACAACCUUUAGAGGUUGUACCCACUUCAGGUUAUGGCCCUUUUGCAGUAAGAUAUUUGCAUGGAUGGACAGUUAAUGGGCCUGUACAUGUUAAGGUUAGUUCAAAUGGGGUUUCAUGUCACAGGUUACUUGUAUCUGAUGUUCAACAUGUUACUGACUGUAUUACUGUUGAAAGUAUUAGGAAGUACUUUGAGUUAGAUUUUUCAGAAAGGGAUCUUGGGUCAGUUCCUGAUGAGCGUGGCCUAUCUUUUGAGGACAUAAGAUUUGUGAAAAGGUGCCAGGAUGACAUUGAAUUUAGAGAUGGUCACUUUCAGCUACCCAUGCCUUUCAGAGAUCUCAAUGUGAAUCUUCCUAACAAUAAGAAGCAGCUGUUAGCAGAGCUAAGUGGCAAAGGAGGAAGAUGA